AAAAAUUUCAUAAUCUAAACUUUUCAAUUUUACCACUUCAUCCCUCUCUUCUUCUUCAAACUUUUUUUUUUUUUUUUUUAAAUAAAAUAAAAUAAAACAAAACAGCAAAUUCAUUUCCAUUCCCAUGGCAGUUACCUUGUUUCCAGUGGUACCCAAAAAGAAUCACAUAAUGAACUAGAAAUGAAAUUCCAAAAUCGGUGCCGUCAUCAAAUCAAUAUUAACCAAACUCUCAAAAAUACAAACAAAAUAUAUUACUGCAAUAAAAAUCGAUCGGUGUGUGCAUUAGAUCUAAAGAAAUUUAAUAAAGUUUUAUAAUUGUGUGUAUGGAAAAUGGAGUACAUAGACAAUUUGCCUUCAAUGGAUCUGAUGCGUUCGGAGAAGAUGACGUUUGUUCAGCUAAUUAUACCUGUUGAGUCUGCUCAUCCUGCUAUUACUUACCUUGGACAACUUGGCCUUCUUCAGUUCCGUGAUUUAAAUGCCGAUAAGAGUCCUUUUCAAAGAACAUUUGUAAACCAGGUAAAAAGAUGUGCAGAGAUGUCAAGGAAACUACGUUUUUUCAAAGAUCAGAUACAUAAAGCUGGGCUGCUGCCUUCUCCACGUCCCGCUUCACAACCUGAUAUUGAACUUGAAGAACUGGAGAUACAACUUGCAGAGCAUGAACACGAGCUGAUUGAAAUGAAUUCUAAUAGCGAGAAGCUAAGACAAUCAUACAAUGAGCUGCUUGAGUUUAAGUUGGUGCUGCAGAAGGCUAGUGACUUCCUUGUCUCAAGUAGAAGUCAUACAACAGCUCAGGAGAUGGAAUUAAGUGAAAACGUGUAUUCCAAUGAUAACUAUUCAGAUACAGCAUCAUUACUUGAGCAGGAGAUGCAACCAGAACUUUCAAAUCAAUCUGGAGUAAGAUUUAUUAGUGGCAUUAUCUGCAAGUCCAAAGUUCUGCAAUUUGAGAGAAUGCUAUUUCGUGCAACGAGGGGAAAUAUGCUUUUCCACCAGGCAGUUGCUGAUGAGGAAAUCUUGGAUCCUUCUUCAAAUGAAAUGGUUGAGCAAAUAGUCUUCGUAGUAUUCUUUUCAGGCGAGCAGGCGAGAUCAAAAAUACUGAAAAUUUGUGAGGCAUUUGGUGCCAAUUGCUAUCCUGUUCCUGAAGACAUGACCAAGAGAAGGCAAAUAACUCAAGAAGUUUUGUCUCAGCUAUCUGAAUUAGAGACCACUCUGGAUGUUGGAUUACGUCAUCGAGAUAAAGCUUUGACGUCUAUUGGAUUUCACCUCACAAAAUGGAUGAACAUGGUUAGAAGGGAAAAGGCUGUUUAUGACACAUUAAAUAUGCUGAAUUUUGAUGUCACAAAGAAGUGUCUAGUUGGAGAGGGGUGGUGUCCAAUAUUUGCAAAGACUAAGAUACAAGAGGCUUUGCAACGUGCGACAAUGGAUAGCAACUCACAAGUGGGAAUUAUAUUUCAUGUGAUGGAUACUGUAGACUCACCUCCAACAUACUUCAGGACAAACCGUUUCACAAAUGCAUAUCAAGAAAUUGUAGAUGCGUAUGGUGUUGCUAAAUACCAGGAGGUAAAUCCUGCUGUUUACACCAUUGUUACGUUCCCUUUCCUUUUCGCGGUGAUGUUUGGAGAUUGGGGUCAUGGAAUUUGCUUGUUGUUGGGAGCUUUAGUUCUUAUUUCCAAGGAAAGCAAGCUUAGCUCUCAGAAACUGGGAAGCUUUAUGGAGAUGCUCUUUGGCGGUCGCUAUGUACUCCUGUUAAUGUCAAUAUUUUCAAUUUACUGUGGCUUGAUAUAUAAUGAAUUCUUCUCUGUUCCAUUUCACAUAUUUGGUGGUUCUGCAUACAAAUGCCGAGAUGCUUCAUGCAGUGAUGCGCGAACUGUUGGUUUAAUUAAAUUCAGUGAUCCUUAUCCUUUUGGUGUGGAUCCAAGCUGGAGAGGUAGCCGUUCGGAGCUUCCUUUCUUGAACUCCCUUAAGAUGAAGAUGUCUAUUUUGUUAGGUGUGGCACAGAUGAACCUCGGAAUUAUAUUAAGCUACUUCAAUGCACGUUUCUUCAACAGCUCACUUGAUAUUAAGUAUCAGUUUGUGCCACAAGUGAUCUUUCUCAACAGCCUUUUUGGUUACCUGUCUCUCCUCAUUGUUACUAAAUGGUGCACUGGAUCUCAGGCAGAUCUCUACCAUGUUAUGAUUUAUAUGUUCCUAAGCCCGUUCGAGGCUCUUGGUGAAAAUCAGUUGUUUUGGGGCCAGAGUGUGCUUCAGGUAAUAUUGCUGCUUUUGGCACUUGUUGCUGUUCCGUGGAUGCUCUUCCCAAAACCUUUUAUUUUGAGGAGACUUCACACUGAGAGAUUUCAAGGCGGAACUUAUGGCCUUCUUGGAACCUCGGAAGUGGAUAUUUAUGAGGAACCGGACUCUGCCAGGCAACAUCACCAUGAGGAGUUCAAUUUUAGUGAGGUUUUUGUGCAUCAAAUGAUACAUUCUAUUGAGUUUGUCCUGGGUGCUGUCUCUAACACUGCAUCAUACCUUCGGCUAUGGGCUUUGAGUUUGGCUCAUUCUGAACUGUCUACUGUCUUCUAUGAGAAAGUUCUCCUCCUUGCUUGGGGGUAUGAUAACCUGGCCAUAAAGCUCGGGGGGCUGACAGUUUUUGCCUUUGCAACAACCGCUAUACUACUGAUGAUGGAAACUCUUAGCGCAUUCCUUCACGCCCUACGUCUUCAUUGGGUAGAAUUUCAAAACAAGUUCUACCACGGCGAUGGCUAUAAGUUCAAUCCAUUUUCUUUUGCUUCAUUAGCAGACGACGAUGAUUAGUACAUAAACCUUUCUCUUUUCCUUGACUUCCUUGUGGGAAAUUCUGCUGAGAAGAAGAGUUUCCAUAUAACAGGAAAAAAAGCCUGUCACAGAGAAUUUUGAAAAGGACCCAAUUUUGGCUGACAACUAUUGUGCACUUUCCUUAGCAUAGAGUUUUAACACACAAAUCUUUUAGUUAUUGUUAGCUGUUAAAGAAGAGAUUUGUAUAUUUUUCUUCAUAGACCCUUUUACAUAUUUUUCCCAAAGAUAAAAAUGAGUCAAGUUAUCUGUAAAGAGGGAAAUCAUUAUAGCAGCAUUUUAUCUUUGAGUGUGUGUCAUUCUUUUGUGGAGGCAAGUUUACAGAAAUCAGCAAAAGAGGUGCUUCCUUGUAUACAUUUUGUGGGUUGAGCCUUAUAAAUUGUUGUAACCGUAACAGAAUCAGCCUCUCUUCAAGCGUAAUGCUCCUCAUCUUUCUUC